AUGACAAAACCUAAAUAUCUCACCGGUGAUAAGGCGGCUAUAGGGGUAAUAUGGUCCGGUGACCAUGUGUUCGAAGGCGUCCCUGAGACGCUCGAGUAUCUACGAUCCAGAGGCAAGAAGGUCGUUUUCGUGACAAACAACUCGACCAAGUCCCGGGAAGAAUACCUCAAGAAGUUCACCGGGCUCGGCAUCCCCUCCGACGUCGAAGAGAUAUUCGGGUCGGCCUACUCCUCGGCCAUCUACAUCUCUCGCAUCCUCCAACUCCCCGCGCCAAAGAACAAAGUCUUCGUUCUCGGCGAGGCCGGCAUCGAGCACGAGCUCCGGAGCGAGAACGUGCCCUUCAUCGGCGGCACCGACCCGGCAUUCCGACGGGACAUCACGCCGGAGGACUGGAAGGGCAUCGCGGACGGGUCACACCUAGACUCGGACGUCGGGGUGGUGCUGGCCGGGCUAGACCUCCAUAUCAACUAUCUCAAGCUGUCGCACGCGCUGCAGUACCUGCGGCGGGGCGCCGUGUUCCUGGCGACCAACACGGACUCGACCUUCCCCAUGAACCACAACUUCUUCCCGGGGGCUGGGUCGAUCAGCAUGCCGCUGGCCUACAUGACGGGCCAGCAGCCGCUGGCGCUGGGCAAGCCGAGCCAAGCCAUGAUGGACGCGGUCGAGGGCAAGUUCCGGCUGGACCGCGCGCGCACCUGCAUGGUGGGCGACCGGCUCAACACCGACAUCAAGUUUGGCGUCGAGGGCCGGCUGGGCGGCACGCUGGCGGUGCUGACGGGCGUGAGCAAGGUUGCCGACUGGGAGGCGGAGGACCCCGUGGCUGUGCCGGCAUUCUACGCUGACAAACUGAGCGAUCUGCGCGCCGGCGCCACCGCAGCUCCGUAA